AGGCAUGGGUCUUCGAUGAGAAAUUCAUGUCCCUCAUUCUGGCAUGAAAGGAAAAGCUGUCGGAAAUGAUGUCAAGUAGUUGACGACCUGAGAAGCCCACAACUCCUACAGCGUGGUCCUCACAAAUAUGAGCGAAGAACCACGAUCAUGGGACAGAAUCCGAGCAAAUCGCUUGAACAUAAUUGACAAGCAUGUGGACUGCGAUGAGUUGGUUCGACAAUUGAGUUGCAGAGGCGUGUUUACAGUCCGCGAGGAGAAACAGAUCCUAAAAAUAAUAAAUCCUACUGAGCGGAAUGAUGAAUUCUUCUUCAUCCUUUAUUCCAAAAACCCACAAACAGCAGUUAAUGUCUUCUUUGAGGCGCUCAUUGCCAUGGAAAGGCAGGACGUCGUGGACUUCCUGCAAGACUUUUGCUCUGUCCCUCAGAGUUCCACAUUGGAGCGGAACCGGAGAGCAGUGAGUCGUCUUGAUACUCUUGACCCUCUAUCGGCCCGGAAGGUGACGAGCCAGUGCUGGCAAGUGGGACAUGUACCUGGUGGCCCACAACCUAUUGUAGUUGAUAGGCCAUCAGCUUUCUUCCCCAAAUGUACGGAAGGACAGCAGCAACAGGACGUCACUGAUUUGGAAACAAGAACGACAAAGUUCCUCGAUAUAUUGUGCAAGAAGCCGAAGAAGUACCAAGAGUGGUACCUUGACCUAUUGGUAGUCCUGCAGGAUCUUGGUUAUUCAACCAUAGCCGAGGACCUUGAGAGUAAAACAGAUUUGAAAGUCCGCAUCAGGAAAGUUUGGUUGAAGUUCACCAGUAUUAGAAAACCGAAAGAUAUCAUGACGAGGAUGAUGACCCACGGCAUUCUCAACUGUGACGAAGUGAGGACUAUCGAUGACGACUAUAUAUUCAAUGAACAGAGAAUGUCCAGUCUAGGUCAUGUCCUGGAGAAGAAGAACGGAAGAAAUUUGGCCCGCAUAUCCAGGUGUCUCCUUGAAGCUGGCUAUCGAUCAAUCGCUGAGGAUCUCCUGCACUCCUCCAAAGCAGAACUUGACGAGUACUCCAGUAGUUCAGACUUCAAGGUAUAUGGAGAAAAAAUUCUGCAUGCCCUGGAAGAAGGAAAGGACAGUUUACUGGAGGUGAAGGGCGUGCUUGAUAGUCUGGAGUCAGGUGAGGGAAUGAACCAAUUGAAGGACAUGGUUGAGUGUUUGAAGAAAUCCGAAGAAGAAAGGAUGGACCAACUGAAGAGCAUGGCUGAUAGCUUUGAGAAAUCUGGAGGAGAAAUAAUGGAACGAUUGCAGUGUGUAACUGACGGUUUGAAGAAAUCCGAAGGCGAAGGAGUGAAACGACUGACGAGCAUGAUUGAUAGUUUGAAGAAAUCCGAAGAAGAAAGGAUGGAAAAAAUGAAGAGGGUGAUAGAUAUUUCGGAGAAUUCGGAAGAAAGAAAGAUGGGCCAGCGUAUUUUCAUACUGGAGGAAAUGCGAAAUGUUGGCAAGGAAAAGGACCAGGAGAUAAAGGCGCUGCAAGAACGGCUCCUGAACAUGUCGAAGACUUUGACUGAAGAGGAAGGACUGAGAGCAAAGAGCGAGGACAUAAGUAAAAGACUUGAGGAGCGACUUCAAAAGAGGGAAGCAGAGCUCAAAGACGCCAAGACUCAGGUUGAAGAGAUGCAGAUUCAGAGCGAGAACCAAUCAAAGUUGAGGUCUGUCAUUCAAGCUUAG